AUGACUAUUAAAAGUUCCAAACUCAAUCAAACAACAUAUUGUUUGGAGAAAUUCUUAGAUAGACUAUGUACUAUUAUCAACUCAGGAAUAGGAGAUGAAACUUACGGCCCAAGAAACAUCCUGGAAGGUAGAGAAAAAACACCUUCUCUAGCAGACGGAUUUUCCGAGCUAGACGAAGCGACUUUCGAUACACUCGACAGGCUUUUCGUCAGGACCGGAAUUUCUCCAUCAGAAAUUGAUAUACUCGUCACUACUGUUUCUUUAUUCACUCCAGUGCCUUCCGUAACUUCUCGGAUAAUCAACCGUUACAAGAUGAGAGAAAACGUAAAGUCGUUUAACCUGUCAGGAAUGGGUUGUAGCGGAAGUGUAGUGGGAAUAGAUUUAGUUCAGCAAUUGUUCAAGUCUCAUCAGAAUAAAUUUGCUAUUAUUGUAAGUACAGAGUGUAUGGGGCAAAAUUGGUAUUCAGGAAAAGAAAAAUCAAUGAUGCUUUCGAAUAUUCUGUUCCGAUCCGGCGGUUGUUCGAUGAUCCUGACGAAUAAUCGAGAUUUCAAGAAUAAAGCAAUCCUGAAGCUGACUCAAAUUGUCCGUACGCAUCACGGAUCAAGCGACGAAGCAUACGGUUCUUGCAUAGAAACGGAGGAUGAACUUGGAUACAAAGGGUUUUACCUUUCAAGAAGCCUAUCAAAAGCUGCUGGUGAAGCUUUAACUUUGAAUCUCAAAACCCUACUUCCUAAAACGUUGCCAUUUUGGGAAAUUCUCCGGUACUUAAUUUCAUCUUAUUUUCGUAAAAAAUCGAAUUCCGAAUCAAGAAUCAAUCUGAAAACCGGAAUAGACCACUUCUGUGUCCAUCCUGGCGGAAAGGCAAUUGUCGAUAAAGUCGGUGAGAACUUAAGACUAAGCAAGUAUGAUGUCGAACCAACUCGAAUGGCACUAUAUCGAUUCGGAAACACAUCGUCGGGCGGUUUAUGGUACGUGUUAGGGUACAUGGAGGCUAAGAAAAGGCUCAAGAAAGGUGACAAGAUAUUAAUGAUAAGCCUUGGAGCAGGAUUUAAGUGUAAUAAUUGUGUUUGGAAGGUUAUGAAGAACUUGGAGGAUCAAAAUGUUUGGAAAGAUUGCAUCGCAAGUUAUCCACCAAAUAUGGCUGUUAAUCCUUUUGUGAAGAUGCAGCGGAUGAAUGAAGAAUUCUCAGGCUAAUAUUCAUGUUUUUACUAUGUUCUAGAUAUAUGUUAUGCACAUUGUUAGGGUUUAAAAAACAAAUAAAUAAU